AUGGAUGAAAAUGAGGUAUCUGUUGUGAUAACUCAUAGGAGUGGAGUGAAAUUCCAAGUUCACUUGAGUACUGAAGAUUACCACCGAAUUCUAAGAGAUAAAAGGUUCCUGGAGAUGGUAAGCGAUAAAUAUUUUAAAUUGUACAAAGAUGAAAUUAUAUUUGCCCACUCAGAGUCAGAAGAUGAAACUGUCACUCAAACCAUACCUGAUGAGGAAGAAUUUGAUGAAGAUUCAUCAGUUAUUAUUGAUGAAUCAACAUUGGAAGCUAUAGCUCGGCAGCGGUGGAGCAUCAGUCACGGGGUGAGAACUUCCAUCUUGUCAUACAUCUACGAUUUAACGGGGGUCAAGAGACAGUUCGUCAGCAGAGACCUCAUUGAUAGUCGUAUUGAGAAGGAUAACAAUCAUUUGAUGAAGUUCAUUGAUGGGAUAAAUGAGAGACUAAAUCCGUUCUCCCCCUCUAUUAAACAAGACAAACUAUACAAUUUAUCUACAGGAGCAACUGCGACAGAUUUUAUCGCGAAUUUUCUUCUUAAUAUUUUGGAAAACUGCCAGCUUUUGCGAACGACAUUUAUAGAAGAAUGUAUAGCUGAUGAGAAAAAUGAGCGUUUUGGCAAGCCUAUAAAGAGAGUAUUUGUCGAAAAUUUCGCCAAUUUGAAAACGAAGAAGAAAUUUAAAGUAGGGAAGAAAGUCCAAGAAGUGACUGUACAACGAGAUCUAUUCGAACGUUUGUUGGCGAUUGCUUUGGAAAAUAAAGUCAACCUUGUAAAAGUUAUGAGAUAUCCGAUCACCCCAGCUCCAACAGUUUUUUGCCACAUAGACGGGGUGUUACAUAAAACCGAUGAAUCGGUUUAA